UGCCUUGGCCAGCCCGUGCCAGCCCGAGCCCAGUCGCGACUCGGAGCCCGCGUCGAGCGACACGCGCUCCGCUCAGCUCCGCUCAUCCGUUCCGGGCGGGCGUGGCCCGGGGCCCGGCGGCUUCGGGACGUUUCGGGGGUCCUCGCGGCGCGGCGGAACCCAAGCGGCGGGCAGCGCGCCCAGGCCGGCCGCGGCCCGCAGCGGCCCGGAAGGAGAGCAGGCGGCAUCCACGGAGGACCCAAUGGAAGUGUCCAGGAUGCUUGUCGCCAUCGGGAAACCAGCAUAGCAUGGAUAACCCAAAAGGAAAAAAAAAAGCAAAGAUGCUUGUCAAGACUAAUGCAGAUGAUGAGAUACUUGCCCUUUUCUGCUCAAGUUUGAGUGUUCGAGGCCAGUAGCCUCCUGACUGACUGGCUGACAAAUCAAGAUGCAGAAAAGACAAGGGUAUUGCAGCUAUUGUCGUGUGCAGUAUACUAACCUGGAACAGACCCUCACUAAAGGAAAAACUAAAAGGAGUUCUUCAGGCAGAAGGAAAAUGAUUCCAGAUGGAAGCUCAGAGCUAUCAGGAAGUAAUGAAGAACAAUGGACAGCACUUGUUUAGUUCUCAGCACAGAAGCCUGACCAGACAGAGCAGACGUCGGACAGCUACCAAUAACACUCUGAUGGAACGCUUUUUGCAGGAUGUUCUGCGACACCACCCAUACAAUUACCAAGACAGCAGAUCUGCACCAAAUGAGCCAGAAGAGGCAGCAGCAGCAGCGGCAGCAGCAGCAGAUCCUGGAUCACCUGAAGUGGUGGUUUUGGAUGACUCUGAUGAGAAGGAGGAUGAUACUGCAGAUAGCAGUGCAGAGAGGAACUCCGAGGAUUCAGCAUCUGUUGAAGAGAUAGAUUAUAGACCUGGUACUUCUCAGGAGGUUGCAGUUCGACCAUCAGUUAUUCAAAAACUGGAACGGGGACAGCAGCAGUCCUUGGAAUUGGCUCAUAAAGUUGAGAGUGGUGUGAAAAAAGUUAAUUCAGUCGGUGUUGUUCAGGCUACAACUAGUGGAAAAAAGUUAGUCCGUCCCCCUGUGAUUUGUAAUGCUCCUGCCAGCUCUUUGCCUAGCGGCUCUUUCGAGAGACCAGUUGCGGCUAACAGUGUUCCUCGGUUAGUACUGGCAGUUGCUUCAGAUUCCUUUCCAGCUUGUGACACAGAGAACCUUGAAACAUACUUUGACUCCCCAGAUCAGGGCCCUAGCAACCCAUCAUCUCAACCCAAAACUAAAGACCCAAAAAAGAAACUAAGUAUAAAUUUAGACAAAUUGCUUGCACAGAGAAAUCUUAGGGCUAAGGGUGCGUCUUUUUCCCCUGUCGUACGAGUCCGUGAGCUAACAGGUCCUGAGCUUUGUUCUGUAAGAGCUGAGUCUUCUUCUGAGUUAGAGGCAGGUACAGCAGGAAACCCAAGGGAGACUGACACACUACCAGAACAAGCACGUGAAGGUGCCAUUCCAAAGCGUCGUGAGGCAUCUCGUUCAAAUACAGUUCGUCCCCAAGAAGAAACACGUUUGGUUCUUAAUAAGCCAACACUUCUGAAACAGAAGCGCUCAGUGAGUUCUGAAGAGAGGUUCGGUCAUGGGUCUCGUCAGGCAGUACCUGGUCCUUCCCAAGCUGCUGUAGGAGACUUAAGUCUUUUGGAGGAGGAAGUGGAGGAGGAGAAGCAGGAAGAGGAAGAGGAGGAGCAGGAAGAAGAGGAGGAGCAGGAAGAGGAGGAGGAGGGAGUUGACCAAGAAGAUGCGAGUUAUGAAUCUAGAGGUUCUGACGUGAGUUUUGAUUGUGGGUCCUCUUGUCAGUCACUGAGUGCCCUAUCUGAACUGACCACCAGGGAAAUAAAUGUAUCAGAAGAAACACAUGCUUAUGCACAGCCUAGGAAUGAAACACCCACUGUUUCUGGAGCAACUUCAGAUAAUGGUAGCAGUUUUCGUCAGGUGAUUACACAGAACAUACAGCUCAUUAGUCUGGUUGAUGAAAGCUAUGAGUCUAGUGGCUCUGAAGUGAAUUUUGAUGGUGAUGACUCACUACCGUCAACUAGUCACCGUCCCCCACAGCCCGUGGAAGUAGUAGUGCCCCUUCGUUUGGUUGACAAGAGCUAUGGAAGUGGUAGCUCUGAACCAUGUGAGGAUUCCGGGUCCUCAGCUGAUGAGACUCCAGCAGCAGCAAGACAGCAAAAUCCUGUGAACAACACCCAUGCAAACCUGGUUGAUGAGAACUACGGGUCAAGUAGUUUCAGUUCUGACAGUGAUGCAGCUCUGGACCGUCCCCAGAUGCCUGUUCAAGAAAGAAGCCCAAGAGACAGAGCUGUCGAACAGGAAAAUGAAGAACAACCCAGUAGUGCUACAGCACAUCCUGAACAUGAUGGUUCUCUUGAGACAGUGGCUGAUGAACUCCAGAGAGAAUCAGAAGAAAUAAACCUUCCGAACCAGAAGAAUACCAGCCUUGGGGAUAUGAACUGUGAGUCUCAUGGUCCUGAAGUGGGUUUUCAUGCUGAUGCUCAAUUAGAGGCUGAUCAAUCUCCAGUAAACCCUGAGGAAGUAGAUCUUGACCUAGAAAAUCAGAGUGUUCACUCUGGCAUUUCUAACCUAAGUUUUGAUUCCAAUGCUUCUUAUCAGUCAGCUAAUGAUCAACCUCAAGGGGCUUGGGGUGAAGUAAAUCUUGAUGAGUUAAAUGUCGACAUGGAAGUUAAGAGCAAUGGCUGCUCCAGUUCUGAGUUGACAUUUGAUUCCGAUUCCCCUCUUCUGUCAGUUACUGAGCGGUCUCUGCUGGAUUUUGAAGGAUUAAACGAAGAUGACUUUAACCUGGAAGAUGAAAACUGUGUGUCAAGUAGUUCUGACAUAACUUUUGAUUCUGAUAUUCCCGAUGACUCAGUAGCUGACCAACCUCAAGUAGCUGUUUAUGAGGAGGAACCUGUUGGUCUGGAAAAUAAGAGUAAUGAAUCUUGUGUUUCUGGAAUAACAUUUGAUUCUGAUAUUCCUCUUCAUUCAGGAAAUGAUCACCCUGAAGUAGCUGUUAAAGAAGUAAUCAUUCAGGAAGACGAAAACGUUCACUUAGAAGGGAAGAAUGACAAUCCCAGUGGUUCUGAAAUAUGUUUGGAUUCUAAUGUCCCUCUUCAUUCAGUGACUAAUUCUGAUGUAGCUGUUAAAAAGAUAAAUCCCCCCAAAGAAGAUCAGGUACAUAGAGAACAAAUUGAACAAAAGGAAAAUGAACCUACUGAUUCUGAAUUAAAUUUGGAUUGUAACUCUGUUAAUUCAAAGCCUGGAUGUUCUGAAGAUCCCAUUAUAUUACGUGUUUCUGAAACAAGAUUGGAUUCUCAUGUCCCCUUUCAGUCAGUUAUUCGCAAAUGUGAAGUAGUUGUCAAAAAUGUCUGUCUUCAAAAAGAAAAGCAUGCUGAGUUAACAAGUAAAAGCACGGAAUCUCAUUCUGAAGUAAGUUCAGCUUCUACUGCUUCUCACCCAGUGACAGAACCUUAUGUAGGUAAAAAGGCAAAGAGAAAGACAAAGCAUCUUGAGGAAGUCAACAGUGAUGAUGAAUAUGGUGGCUCUCAACCAACUUUCAAUUUUGAUGUUUUUCCUCGGACAAUGACUGAAAAACCUCAACCAGCUGCUUUGAAAGAGGGCCAUGCUGACCCAAAAGAUAAAAAUACUGAGCUUAGAGGGAUGGCCGUAAAUCUGAAUACUGCUGAUUGUCUUGAUUCAGUCCUUAGCCAGCCUCAGUUAGCCUCAAAUGAAAACUGUGUUGAACUGAAAGACACUGAUGGCAAACCCAGUGACUCUAAAGCAAGUGCUGAUUCUACCGGCCAUUUUCACUCCCUGCCUAAACAAGAGUUGGAUGUGAUUUCAAAAAUGAACGAGUGGAAAAAAGAGGCAAAGGUUCUUGAACAGAAGAUCAGUGAUCUUAUUUAUUCAAAAAUAAUACAUGACUCUAAUGUUUCUUUUCGUUCUGCAAUGGAUCAACUUGAACUAGCUCUUAAACAAAUAAGUCUUGGUAAUAAUGACCAAGUGUCCUUGGAAGAUAACAGCCAAAAUACAUGUUCUGAGACAAAUUUGGAUUCUGGUUUCUCAGUCCAGGCAGUAGUUGAACCACCUGAACCUGAAGUAACUGUUUCGGAACCUGAACAUGUUGAACAAGAAGGUAGAAAUAACGUGCCUUGUGAUUCUGAAGUAAGCGUUGAUUCUAAUGGCUCUGUCCAGUUAGAGGCUGGUCAGCAUAGUGAAAGUGGUGAAAACAGAAGUCAGAAGGAUACAGAUGACACAGAAGGUAAGAGGGAUGACGCUCAGGGUUUUGGAGUUACAUGUGAUUCCAAUGUCCCCCAGCCAUUGACCAGCCACAUUGAAGUAGUUCAGGGGAUUGACCAUUGGAAGGAUCAUGAUGACUUGGAAGAUAAGCUUGGUGAAUCUAAAAACUCAAAAAUAAACUUUCAUUCUGAUGAACAACUUCAGAUUGUGACUAAUGCAACACAAGAGCCUGUUGAAGAAAUAAAUUUACUGAGAGGACAUUCUAGUCCAAAUGGUAAUAGCUGUGAGCCCUAUGGCUCUACAAUAGUUCCUGUUACGAAUGUCAUUUUUUGCUCAGUGAUUCAGAAACCACGUUUGCAAAAAAAGUGUACCAGUUUGAAAGAAAACGGCAGCAAUCCUUGUCCUGAAGUAAAUGUUGAUUCCCGUGAUGGUCCUGAAGUGAGUGUUGAUUCUAAUGAUCCCUGUCAGUCAGUAGCAGGCCACCUUCAAAAACCUGACAAGGAAAUGAAUCUGAAGGAAGACCAUAUUUACCUGGAAGAUAAGAGCUACAAGCUAGUUGACUUUGAACCAACUUAUGAUUCUGACGAUCCUGUUCAGUUUGUAACAGUUCCAUCUGUAGAGGCUGUGCCUAUCAAAGAAGUAAACUUGCAAAAGGAGAAUCCUGAUGACCUAGAAAAUGAGAACUUUCAGCCAUGUUGUUCUGAAGUAGCAUAUAAUUCUGCUGUUCAUCUGCAGUCAGAAGCUGACCCACCUCAAGUGGCUUGCAAAGAAGCAGACCUUGACAAGAAAGCGCUUGACAUAGAAGACAAGGGCAGUGUAUCUUGUGUGCCUGAAGUGGUGUAUGAUUCUGACGUCUCUUUUCAGAUAGUAGUUAACCAGGUUCAGACAUCAGAUGGAGAAACAGAUUCACCACAGGUGGUGUUUGUGGAUGUUGUGUCCAGUGAUAGUGACUGUGACCGGGAAGUAAUUUCUGAUUCAAAUAUCCCUCUUCAGCUAGAGCCACCUCAGAUGACUGUCAAAGAAACCAGUGAUAUAAACACAGAUUCUCUUGGUUCUGCAGCAAACGAAAAGUACUAUUGUAAAUUCUGUGGUUGUGAUUAUGAAGCCUCUCAGUCAGUGACAAACCAAUCCAAGGAAAGUUUUAAAAUAAUAAACAGGAAAAAUGACUAUAUUAUCCUAGGUGAUUCUACUUGUCAAUCUUGUGGUCAUGAACUCAAUUUUAAUGCUGAUCCCUCUGAUCAGCCCACUACCUGCCAGUUACAACAGCCUGAUCGUAAUCUUAUUGACCCAGAAGAUAAGAACUUUGGAUCUAAAUGUCCUAAAAGAAAAUUAAAUUGGGAAGAUACUGCUCAGCCAGUGACUCACCAACUACAGAAAACUGGAGAAGCCACCAGUCUUCGGAAAGAUCAAAAAAAUAGAUUCAAAAGAGAUAGGGGCUGGGAAUCCAGUGAUUUUGCAGGAGACCGUGCUGCCUAUGCUGUGUCAGUGAUUCGCCAAACAGCUGUGAACUCCUGUGGAUCUGAGCUGAAUUUUCAAGAUGAUACCUUCUAUCACUCUGACAUUGACCCACCUCAACCUAAGAAAAAAGGCCAGGGUAAGAAAGUGACUUUUGACUUGCGAGUAACUAAGUAUGAAUAUCCACCAAACCCAAUGUACGGGGAAGUAGAAGAGGUUGCAGAAGGUGAUCUUAAGGAAGUAGUAGUUCAUGAAAUCUCACUUCAGGGUGAGGCUCCUCCAUCAAUUGUUGGAAAAACAUGUCCUCAGGGGAGAGAAGAUGAUGUGAAGACAAGCACACAGGCAUACCAAGGUUAUUUCUAUAGUUACUAUGAUGGUGGCUCUGAGACCAAGAAAAUUCUUAUGGGUGAAGAAGAAAAGACUAUCAGGUCUAAUGUUAAUCAGAACACCACAUCAAUUCAACAUGUUAAAGGUAAAGUUGGAGACACUGGUGACUUUUCAGUGGACUUAGGUAAACCGUCUUGUUCCUUAGCAGAGGGGCUUCAUCAGCAACAUGGGCAGGUGACUUCUCAGAACCAAGUAGGAGUGAGAUGUGGAGUUCAAGCACGUUCCGGGAAGAAAAGGAAAAUUACAGAACAAGAAGAGGACUCACCAAAGAGGAAGUGUUUCCACCAUGACAGCCAGAAAAAAAAAAGGGCUCAAGCUGGGAUAACUGGGCUACCUGAACCACAACCUAGAGUUUUAGAGCCUGUACAGCCCGAUUCCUUGGUCUAUAUUUUCUCUUCUCUAAGUAUGAAGGAAGAUCAGUCUUUGAAUACACCUAAAACAAAGCCUGGCAGUGACAGUGAUUUACGACAUAUAUACAGUUGUAAAGAACAUACCUCUUCUGGCCCACGACGUAAGAGAACUGUAAUUAAUCCUCCACAGAACCUAAUGGUACCAGAAGUUGGCAUUGAUCUUAAUAGGCAUGACCCAAGGCCCAAUGCAGGAGACAAUGGUGCCAAAAGACAAAACCUGGCUUCAACAUCUUUUAUGGCAAUGCCGAAAAGAUCUGUGUUAAAGUUCCAUAGGACCAAUCAAUCUUCAUUUCUAAAAAAAUCAGAAGAUGUGGGUGCUACUCAAGUUCCAAAGGAUAAUUUCCAGCAGACUCUUUUAAAUCGUGAUGGUGCCAAAAAUUUUCCCAAAUCAGCUAGAAAGGAAGAUCUUGAAAGUCAAAAUCAAAGGAAAUUUUGGAAAAAGAAGAUGGUUGCAGCAAAUAAAUUAUGCCUCAUCAAAAAUGCUUAUAAAACAAUGGUUCUCCGGAAAAAAUCAAAACUAGCUUCAGAAAAGCUGGCUAUUUGGAUUCAGCUGAAAGCGACCGACAUCAUCAGGAAGUAUGUCUCUAGAUGCCAUGGUGUUGUGCCCCGGAGGCAUCUAUCAAAGACUGUUCUUAUAAGAAUGCAACUGAGGAAGAAGAAAAUAGUUGCCAGGAAGAUAAAGGAAGCCAAGAGAGCAGCUGAAGCGCUAGCGCUCAAGCUCUCGCGCCCCUCGUGUCCCCCGCGCGCCCCGUGUCCCCCGCGGGCCCCGUGCCCCCCUCGUGCUCCGUGCCCCCCUCGUGCUCCGUGCCCUCCGCGGGCCCCGUGCCCCCCUCGUGCUCCGUGCCCUCCGCGGGCCCCGUGCCCCCCUAGUGCUCCGUGCCCUCCGCGGGCCCCGUGCCCCCCUCGUGCUCCGUGCCCUCCGCGGGCCCCGUGCUCCCCUCGUGCUCCGUGCCCUCCGCGGGCCCCGUGCCCCCCUCGUGCUCCGUGCUCCCCGCGGGCCCCGUGCUCCCCGCGCGCCCCGUGCCCCCCGCGGGCCCCGUGCUCCCCGCGCGCCCCGUGCCUCCCGCGGGCUCCGUGCCCCCCGCGGGCCCUGUGCCUCCCGCGGGUUUCGUGCCCCCCGCUGCCCCUAUGCACCCCGUGCCCCCCGUGCCCCCUUCGCGCCCCGCGCGCCCCGGUUCUCCCAGCUGGUGCUGAAGAGCAGUUGAGCACUACUGCAGGACCUGCAGAGCUGCCUGCUCAUCUUUCCAAUGCUGGAGGAAUAAAGCGCUACAGGAAAACUUACUUCCGGAGAAGGAAGAGACUUCUUCCAGUGAGAGAAUAUGACCUGAGAAGCUUGAGUUCCACACCAAAUACCGACAGGAUGGUGACACGGCUUGCAAGCAAGUCGAAAAGUAAUGAGGCAAAAUAAAAGUGCGCGUCGUAGCGGAUGGAGACCUCAGUCCUUCACUUGGAUGGAACACAUUUGAGACUUGAAUGCACAUACUUUUCCCUGCUUUGGUGGGGAAACUGACCUUACACUAUUUUGCUACAGAUAUUAUUUUUCAGAGAUUUUAUAUUCAUUUAAAAUUAGUGUUUAGGGUCCUUUUUUUUCUUUUAAAGAUUUAAAAGCAACCUUUGUCCCAUUUAUGUAGAAGAGCUUCAUCUUAAUUUGUCUCAUAAUUUAGCAUACUAUAUAGAAUUCUGUUCCUUAAAUCAUGUCCUCUGAAAAUCUUUCGUGCCAAAAAGUUAUAACACUGGGAGAAUGAACAUAGCAAGCUUAUUAAUUUCAUCUUUUAAACAAUUGGGACAGAUAUCUAUUUACUUAGUUACCACAUUUCCAAGUUGAAUAGCCAGUAGGUAUUCUAACUGGAUAAAUAAAAAGAGCGACAUUGUGCUAUCUCGGUUUUCAAGUAUCUCAGUUUUGUGAUCAAACGAUCACAAAAUAUAUAACUUCUUUUUCUUUUAAAGUCAUUCCAUAAAAUAUUUAAUCCAGUUUUUUUUAAAGCACCUGGUGAAAGACAAAUUCUUUUUCAUUUAAAUUGGAUCUGCAGGUCUGUAGCUUUCCUCAUUUGCACACAUACCCACAAAUCUUUUUGUUAACAUUAUUAAGUCUUACAUGGAAAAGAUUUUGCAAAUGUGACUAAGCUUUGAAGGUACCUUUUCUCCCUCUAUUAGUAAUCUAAAAUGAAAAUCCAGGUAAUUUUAUCAUCUUAUUUACUAAUAUUUUGGAUAACAUUUUUAAAAUGAUGAGCUUAAGCUGUUGGUUUGAUAAUGGCAUGUGGACUGGCCAUUAAUUAGUGAAAAACUUGACAUUUCAGAAAAAUUAAGUUAAACUAGUAACCUAACUAGAGACCUACUUUUCAAGUGAAAAACAGUUUAUACAUCAGUUGAUCUUAAACUAUCUAAUUACCUUAAACUAGCUAGAUAGUUAAAGGUUAAGCCAAUUUGACAUUUUAUCUUAAACUACCUAAUUGAGUUUAACAGUUGAGAUAAAGAGCUUGGAUACACAGUGUGAACCUCUGUGGUACUUGAGUCUAUUCCUUUGAGGGUCAUUGACUGAGCUGGUGCAGAUGCAUCCCCUUUUCUUGUUCAGUCAAGACCUGGAUCUUUUUCUGUCAUUGAUGUUAUGAGGAAACACGAAGUUUCCCUUUACUGUGUAACUACUAUAUUUUAUUGAAACUAGAGUCAGUGUUAAGAUGUGUCUUGAUUUCAGAGAUAAAACUGUGUUACCUUAGAAUUAAUGAAAUAUCAACGUGGUUUUGUUCCAGGGGCCAUUACUUAACCUGUGAGUCGUUAAUGGUGAUACUAUAGUCAUCUCUUUACUUCUAAAUAUAAGUGGUAAUUAUAUUGCAGAGUGGACAAAUGUGCUUUUUUAGUCGGCAAGUAACGUGUUUAAUUUUUUCAACCUUGCCUCUUUAUAUUACAAACAUUUUAAUUUCUUUAAAAAAAUUCUUAAUGGGCUGCUAGUUUUUUUUUUUAAAUCCUCAAAAUUUAAUUAAGGAAGAAAACUCUUUCACUGAUUAUGAAGUAAACAUGAAAAAGUACUCUUUGUAGGUAUUAAUGUCUUUUGCAGCUCCCAGACACCAUUAAUAAACACUCUUGUAAUGUAGGUGAAAAGUGAGAGUUCAUACCUAAAUAACCUACCAUGUAAAAAUGCCAGAUUAUAGCUAUUGUGAUUAUGUCCCGCAAUGAUAUUCAAAUAAUCAAAAUUUAAAGUUAAAAAUUUCACAAUUUGGAAACUUGUCUAAGGACCUUUUAAAGGGAAAGCAAGGAAAAAUUAAAAUGUAAAAUUCACAUCGACAAAAAUAUAAAAAUGUCUGGCACAGAAAUUAUGGCUUUGUUUAGCAUUUUGCAAAUAUUUACUAACUUCUUGUAAAGAUUAUUAUUUUAGACAAGAUUGGAAACUUACUUAAAAUUGUAAUACUUAAGUUAAAAGUGAAUUAUUUCAGAAUUUGAUAGGAUAUAAGAUGUGCCCCUUUGUCUACAUAAAUGUUGACUUAAUUUUCAGGCUAGGUUGAAAUAAUUGGUUAUUUUGUGUAGUCAAGAGUGCAUUAUAUUCUUUCAAUAGUAAUACAUCAAAUUACAACCAUAUCAUUUCAUUAAUCUUGUCCCUUUUAGUAUCUUGAAUAGAUUUUUAUUGUGAUUGUCCUGGUGAAACAGUGUGUGGACAAUAUUGUGUAAAGAGUGGUUUUUUGCAUUUGUGCAUUUUAAAUUAUUUAUGUAACUAGGGCUCUGAGUAACGCGUUUUGUUUUGUUUUGUUUUUUUUGCUUAAAGAAAAGCUAUAUUUAAAUAUUCAAAUAAUUAUAUAUUUCCAUGUAAGACUAAUGUGAAGACCGAUGUAUUUUUUAUAAUGCAAUUUAAAGUGUAAACUUGUUUUGAUGUUAUCAAGAUAAAUUUAUUAAAUAUUGAAAUUUGUGUGUACUCUCUCCUAAUGUUAGAACCUUUUUCUGGAAAUACUUAAAAAGAAUCAGAGAGUAAUUAAGGCUGAAGUAACUCUGUAAAAGGCCUGAGAGAUGAUAAAUAAGAUAAUGCAAAUGUUGAUGCUGGCGAGAAAAUUGUUUAACCAAAGAUACAUAGGUUGUACUCACAUAAGUAAUUAUUUCAAAAGAUUAAACAACCACUAACUUGCCUGGUGGAGUGAUGGGGCAGCUGUUUGACUAGCACGCCUGCACUGAAAGGAUUGAGUUCAGGAGGCAGGAUCCAUACAUACCACCAUCUGACACCCUCUGGGAAACGAACAAUCCCAAAGCCUUCCAUCUACCUCCCUGUCUUCUAGUGCCAUAGCAUCUGAUAGUGACGACAGGAUGACAUGGAUGAGUACGUGAGAGAAUAGUGACAUAGGUGCUUCUGACCCUAGAAUUACUGACUUAGAACAUUUGUUGGUCAGGGAUUUUUGAGUGAGAAUUAUCUUCCUAUUUACAAUGAGAAGUUACUACUUUUUAGUAAAGGACUUUUAUGUUUAGAAACAUGGAAUUAUAGAAUUAUACACCAAAAUGCCAACUCAAGUAAAUUCAAAGUGAGGAGACAUGGCUUUUUUUCAUCUCUUACUCAGAUGAACUCAAAUAUUGAGGGAAAAAUUAGUUAAAACAUUUCCUUUUCUUCUUAUACUUCAUGUGUGUAAAGUUCUAAGUGUUUUAAGCCAUGGGCUUAAUUUUUCAAAAUUAUUUGCUUUAAAUAAAGAUUGAAUUCAGGAUAAAGUAUAGUUUGUUGCUGGAUCUUUAUAUUAUUUCUAGGUUUAUUUAUUUUAAUGACUUUUAAACCUGGAAAGCAGUUUAUUUCCCAGAUUUAUUAUUCCCAAAUUUAGUGUAUGUACAUAUUGAGGUGAUCUUGAGUCCAGCGCAGUGUCCCAAACUUGAACUGUAUCAUGUCCCUUGAUCUUUGUAUUUUGGAGCCUUGUUGGAUAACGAUAACGAUCACUGUGAAGUGAGAAAAUUGAGGCAUAGAGUAGUUAACCCCUUCCUACCCGCAGCUAUGGGCCAUCUUGUAGUUUCUAUCCCCUUAGAGUCAUCUUCUCUGUUUACUUCAUAUAAGCAGUACCUUUAUGUUAGUCUCUCUCUCUCUCUCUCCUCUCUCUCUCCUUUGUUUCAUUUAUCAUGGUUAGGUUUUUUGUUGUUGGUUAGUUGGUUUUGAGAGUCUCCUAUGUUAUAGCAUGCUGAGCAUUUUGGGUUUUUAAAUUACUUUUUAGCAGUUAGUUUUAAAUCUACUUAUUUUUUUUAUAUAUUUAUGCCUCUGAGAGUUGAAUCCAGGGCCUUGUGCAUGUGAAUCAAGUGCUCUGCUGCGAUGUACCUCCAGCUCUCAGUCUUGAAUGACACCACUACCAGAACCUUUCUCUCCUGAGAACAGACGGGAAAGCCAGCAGGUGCGAGGCUAGCUUUGUUCCCUGCAUGGUUCUUAUUAUCUGACUCCUCCUCAGAGCCAAGGCUGGACAGCAGAGUUGUCUUUUAGAGUGUUCCUGUGCUUACCUGAGUGUUGUAUGCUCUCGUGGCCUUUGACUCCUCUUUGCCUACCCAUCAUGCCACUCUUCCCUGUGCUCCGUUCUCAUUUUCACCAUCAACACAUCACCUCAUGCUCUCAAUCCUUUCACGGUAGAGUGCUUGCAGGUAACUGAGAACAAGAACCAACAAAUUGCUGGGUUUUAAUCCAGUUGUGCCACAGAGCCAGGAAGUGUGUUGGCAGCCUCUUGGUUAAGUUGCUCUCCUGCAUAGUUAGAUACUUACUGUCAAAAUCAGGAAGUCAGCAUUGAUCUCACCUACCUACUCUGCAGACCUUAGUCAAAUUUUGAAAAUUAUAUCAAAAUGCCCCUUGUAGGUCCUGGAUUUGAUCCACAGUUAUGGACUUCAUAGAUACUUUGUUGUUUCCUCAGUGUGGAGCAGUUUCUCGCCUGUCUGUACUUGGUAGCAUGGCAUUUUGAAGGUACUGGUUUAUUUGUGGAAUAUCCUUGAGUUUGAGCUUGUCUGAUGUUUCUUUGUAAUCUAUGCAUUUUUGGAAUUUGGAAUUUGUGUUCUCAGUGUGUAUUAACAGAAGCCAUGUGAUGUCAGUUUGAAUAAAUGU